AUGGCCCUAGAAGACUUUGAGAGAGAGUUGGCGGAGCAGAAAGAGUCGGAGAGAGGUCGAGAAAAGCGCAAGGAGCACGACAGAUCCGAGCACCGCCAUCGACACCACCAUCGGAGUUCGAGACACCACGACUCACACUACCAUGACGAGGACGGCCAUCGCUCAAAGAGAUCGAAGCGCUCAAGGGAUGAUCAUGAGUUGGAGAGCAGACAUAGGCACAGGCACCACCGCCACAGCAGAGGAGGAAAGGACGGCGACGAAGAGGAGCCACAGCCGCCGUCAAAGAGGCCCGAUCUGGGCGAAUUGGAGCGUGAUUCAUGGAUGGAGGCGCCUUCGGCAUUGGAUAUCGACUACGUACAGAGGAAGAGGCCGGAGCCUUCUCCCCCGAAACCAAACAAUCUAGGCGCAGAUUUCGAGUUAAAAAUACAUGAGAAGGAACUGAACCACCACCUACAGGACUUGAAGAAUGGUACAGCCGUUGAUGAUCUCGAAAGCCAACCUGCUGCGCAUGAAGUUGAUUACACAUUCGGAGAUGCUGGAUCUCAGUGGCGCAUGACCAAGUUGAAAGCGAUAUAUCGACAAGCUCAAGAAACCGGCCGUAAGGUGGAAGAUGUCGCCCUAGAGCGGUAUGACAGCCUGCGGGAAUUCGACGAUGCGCGAGAGGAAGAGAUCGAACUCGAUCGACGAAAGGCAUAUGGAGACGACUAUGUGGGGAAGAACAAACCCAGUGGCGAUCUGUUUCAGGAGCGAAAGCUCGACGCCGGGGUCAGGCGGCCUCACCGUCGAGAAACGGAGACCAGCCCGGAUAGCGUACUUGAGCAGCUGCCUGUACCAGCCACCCAUACCGUUUCUCAGAGAGUCGAUCAAACAGCUCUCAACAAACUCAAGGCACAACUCAUGAAAGCUCAAAUGCGAAAAGACCCUAAAGCGGCCGAACUGGAGAAAGAGUACAACGAUGCGUUGAUAGCCUUGGAGUCACAGGACCCGGCCGUCAUAACUCUGUCCGCCAUGGAUAACCGGAUGCUGUCAUCUGCACCACGGAAUGAAGUUAAAGCUGUCCAAAAUCGACGAGGAGCCGAUCGUGGUCAAGUGGAAGAGAACGAAGACAUGAGCAUUGAGGAUAUGGUCCGCGAAGAACGCCGAACUCGUGGCCAGCCGGGCGGUGAUGGGCUUCGCCUUGCGGAACGGAUAGCCAAAGAUGCAAAAUUUGACAACGAUCUCGAGUACAUGGACGAGAAUGCGACCAAGCUGGCAAAGCGUGUCCACAAGUCCGACAUGAACCUCCGCAAUAUGGCCAUCGGUGAAUACCAGAAGCUCAACAAGAUCCUUGAAAACUGCCCGUUGUGCCAUCAUGAAGACACCGAUACCCCGCCCAUCGCUCCAGUCGUCUCUCUUGCGACAAGAACCUAUCUUACACUACCGACCGAACCAGAACUCUCACCACAGUCCGCGAUGAUUGUCCCAAUUCAACACCGCACGAAUUUACUCGAGUGUGAUGAAGACGAGUGGGAAGAGAUCCGCAACUUCAUGAAGUCACUGACGCGCUUGUUCCACGACCAAGGCCGCGAUGUCAUCUUCUACGAAAACGCCGCGUUUCCACAUCGGAAACCGCACGCCGCUCUCACAGUGAUUCCCUUACCCUACAGCCUCGGUGAGACCGCACCAGCAUUCUUCAAGGAAGCUUUUCUCAGCACAGAGGACGAAUGGUCGCAACAUAAAAAGAUAAUUGAUACCCUUGCGAAGUCGAAGUCAGGGGGAUUGGGAAAGCUGGCCUUCCGCAGGACUCUCGUCAAAGAGGCGCCUUAUUUUCACGUGUGGUUCGAGUUGGAUGGUGGGCUUGGGCACAUUGUCGAGGACCAGGAGCGGUGGCCCAGGGGGGAUCUGUUUGCGCGAGAAAUCAUUGGAGGCAUGCUUGGGCUUGAGCCGGAUGUGAUCAAGAAGCAAGGUCGCUGGCACCGAGCUACCGACAAGAGAGUCGAUGGGUUCAGAAAGGUGUGGCGAAAGUUCGACUGGACUCGGGUCCUCACUGAGGGAGGCGCAGAAGGCCUGCAUCGGGGCAGACAAUAUCAACAGUUCGGCGGUGUGCUUGGCAGGGAGCAGGAAUCUUGA